AAAUUUUAUUUGUUGAUUAGGCUAAACCAACUCAAUCCAUAUCCUUAGUCGACCGCAGUAGCGUUUGUCCUAGUUCCAUUAAUGCUGAAGCUUUGUUUAAAACUUUUGGGGAGUUGAAGACAACCGUAAUGGAUUCAGAAGUUAAUUUAGAAGAGGAAGAUACUGAGAAAAUCUUACGAAAUCUUCAUCAUAAUCAAAAUUUGAGGGGCGAGAGAGAGAGAUGCGUGAUUUUUUUUGUUUCCGAAAGAAGAUAAGAGUUGCAGAUAUGGAUUUCAGCAAAUUUUACGUUCUGGUAUUUAUCCUUUGCCAGUGCGGGAAAGAUGGCUGUAUAAAAUGGUCUUCGUAUCUCGGUUCCCGAAAGCGGAGAGGCCUCAAGCCAUCGCAUCGAUCGACUGAGAUGGGGAAGCUCAUCUUUCUUCUUGUUGCUUUGUUCUUUGCACCCGCUUUUGCACUCCAAAAGUCGUAUAUCGUCUACCUUGGCGCACAUAGCCAUGACUCUCCCGACAACGUCGACCAUAAGUUAGUCGCGGAUUCGCAUCAUGAAUUUCUUGCGUCCUUUCUCGGAAGCAAGGAGAAAGCAAAAGAUGCUGUGUUUUGUUCUUACACAAAUCACAUCAAUGGUUUUGCUGCACAACUCGAUGAGGAUGCUGCCGAUGCCAUUGCAAAACACCCUAGUGUUAUAUCAGUGUUCCCAAGCAGGGCUUACUCCCUUCACACAACUCGAACAUGGGAAUUCAUGGACCUGGCCGAGAAAGAUGGCAUCCCUCUGUUAGGCUCAGCCUGGGCUAUGGCGAACUUUGGUGAAGAUGUCAUUAUUGCCAAUUUAGACACUGGAGUAUGGCCAGAAUCUAAGAGCUUCAGUGAUGAAGGGUUCGGGCCCGUCCCCGCUAGGUGGAAAGGAUUCUGCCAAAAUGCAACUGAUGCGAAUGGCGUCAAAUGUAACAGGAAGUUGAUCGGCGCUCGUUAUUUCGACAAGGGAUACGCCAACUUCGUUCAUCACCAUGACACGGAGGGCUUCCACUCUCCCCGAGACCACGAUGGCCAUGGCUCCCACACACUGUCCACUGCAGGAGGAAGUUUGGUUCCCAAUGCAAGCGUCUUUGGUAAUGGUAUGGGGACGGCCAAGGGUGGCUCUCCCAGGGCUCGCGUCGCAGCCUACAAGGUCUGCUGGACUCCGCUGCCCGACGGCGGCGAAUGCUUCGACGUCGACAUACUGGCUGCGUUUGACACUGCCAUAGCCGAUGGUGUCGACGUAAUCUCCGUGUCAUUGGGAGGUUUUCCCUAUGAUUACGUUUUUGAUGGUAUCGCCAUUGGAUCGCUUCACGCUGUAAGCAACGGGAUUACCGUCGUCGCGUCGGCCGGCAACGACGGUCCGAGAUCCAGUUCUGUGACAAAUGUGGCUCCUUGGCUGUUCACCGUCGGAGCAAGCACAUUUGACAGAGAGUUUGUUUCUUAUGUUACCCUUGGCAACAACAUCACUAUCAAGGGGGAAAGCAUCUCUCCAGCAUUGCCAAAGCGGUCUUAUCCCUUGGUCGCGGGUCAAGAUGUCAAAUUGUCCAAUGCCACAGCCGCAACUCUCUGUGUUGAAGGCAGUCUUGAUCCAGUAAAAACAAAGGGUAAGAUUGUCGCUUGCCUUCGUGGAGCGAACGCAAGAGUUGGUAAAGGAUAUGAAGUGUGGAGGGCAGGAGGUGCUGGCAUGAUCCUGUGCAACGACGCUUUAAGCGGGAACGAACUCGUCGCUGAUGCUCACUUUGUCCCUGCCUCUCAUGUCACUGCAACGGAUGGGCAGAAGAUCUUUGAGUACAUUAGCUCUACAAAGUCUCCUGUGGCUUAUAUAGCACCUCCAAUUGCCAAGCUGGGCACAAGACCAUCACCAGUCAUGGCCGCUUUCUCAUCACAAGGCCCUAACUCUGUUACACCAGAGAUUCUCAAGCCCGACGUUACUGCGCCUGGAGUGAAUGUUCUUGCUGCCUAUAGCAUGGCAGCAUCCCCCACAGGUUUUGCCGUAGACAAACGUCACGUCCCAUAUUACCUUGAGUCCGGUACAUCAAUGUCCUGCCCUCAUGUGUCCGGUGUCGUGGGCUUGAUAAAGAAAGCUCACCCCGAUUGGAGCCCAGCAGCAAUUAAAUCUGCGAUUAUGACCACCGCGAGUCAAAGGGACAAUACGAUGGAACCAAUUCUCAAUGCAUCUCUAGUAGAAGCGACACCAUUUAGCUAUGGAGCAGGCCACAUUCAACCCAACAGGGCAAUAGAUCCAGGCUUGGUUUAUGAUAUCGGUGUCGAGGAUUACCUGAACUUCUUAUGUGCUAUUGGAUACAACACCACAUAUAUGACCUUCAUCGCCAACCAGACUUAUGUCUGUUCCUCUAAGGUGCCAAAGGUUGGAGAUUUUAACUACCCUUCGAUCACUUUCAUAAAUCUUACUACCUCGGCCACCGUUUGGAGAACCGUGAAGAACGUCGGCGCUCCAGGAACAUAUAAAGUCCAGAUCGAGUCACCUCCCGGAGUAGUAGUUUCAGUGAUGCCGAACAGCCUUAAAUUUUCAGCAGUGGGUGAAGAAAAAAAAUUCAAGGUCACUGCUCAGGUAAAGGAAGGAGCCAGAGAUGGAUAUGCUUUUGGCAGCUUGAUUUGGCUCGAUGGUAAACACUAUGUUCGAAGUCCGAUUACUGUCGAGGUUGGAACGAACUGAAUAUUACGGAGAUUCCAAACUGUUGAUCAUGCCCACCUCAAUUUUGCUGGAGGAUCAAGAGAUCAAUAAGUUUGCUUUCAAUUAGUUAGGUUUUUCUUAUUUACCCUAGGAGGACAUGUUGUUCCCCUUAGUGGCUAUAGUUUAUGUUUCUUUGUUAUAAUCAAAAUUAUUCAAUCUGUUGAUUUAUUCUCAUGAAUUUUUAUUACUUGUGCAAAACAACUGUUCUAUA